CUUCCGGUCGACCUCUGCAUUUCCCUCUCCCUCUGGCCUGGCAGCACCGUGAUGGCGGCCUUGAAACCCGUGGAAUCGCAGAGCGGUCCGGGCUCGGGCCUGUCCCGCUGGCAGUUGGCCCUCGCCAUCGGCGGCCCCAUCCUACUGGGAGCUGGCGCCGUCUACCUGUGGAAGAAGAGGACGGUGUCGAAGCGGAGCGAGAGGAAAGCGCCAGAAGGCAGCUCCAGCCCAGUGCCCAAGGAGGACAGCGGCCGUGGGGAGAGUGAGGCGGAUGGUCUGAGCUUGUUAGACCGAGCCCAAGCUGCAAAGAAUAAAGGGAACAAGUAUUUUAAAGCUGGCAAAUUUGAACAAGCUAUUCAGUGUUAUACUGAGGCAAUUGGCCUGUGUCCGGUGAAUCAGAAGCAAGACCUUUCAACGUUUUAUCAGAAUCGGGCUGCCGCAUUUGAGCAAUUGCAAAAAUGGAAUGAAGUUGCUGAAGACUGCACAAAAGCUGUAGGACUCAACCCGAAGUACAUAAAGGCACUGUAUCGUCGUGCAAAGGCAUAUGACAAACUAGAUAAUAAGAAGGAAUGCUUAGAAGAUGUUACUGCAGUUUGUAUCUUGGAGGGAUUCCAGAACCAACAAAGCAUGCUUCUUGCUGACAGAGUCCUUAAGCAGCUUGGAAAAGAAAAAGCUAAAGAAAAGUACAAGAACAGAGAGCCACUAAUGCCCUCCCCACAGUUCAUCAAAUCUUACUUUAAUUCCUUCACUGAUGACAUCAUCUCACAACCAUUACUGAAAGGUGAAACACCUGAUGAAGACAAAGACAAGGAGGGUGAAGCUGCUGACAUUAGGGGAACAGAGAGAUCUGGAUACCUGAAAGCAAAACAAUACAUGGAAGAAGAGAACUAUGAUAAAAUCAUUAGCGAAUGUACCAAAGAAAUAGAGUCAAAGGGAAAAUAUUUGGCUGAAGCCUUAUUACUUCGGGCUACCUUCUAUUUACUGAUAGGCAAUGCCACGGCUGCACAACCAGAUCUUGAUAUGGUUGUUAGUAUGAAAGAUGCUAAUGUGAAGCUGCGUGCCAAUGCGUUGAUCAAGCGUGGAAGCAUGUAUAUGCAGCAACAGCAAUCUCAGUUGUCUACACAAGAUUUCAACAUGGCUGCUGAUAUUGACCCUCAAAAUGCUGAUGUGUACCAUCAUCGAGGACAGCUGAAGAUUUUACUAGACAAUGUUGAAGAAGCUGUUGAAGAUUUUGAUGAGUGCAUCAGACUGCGACCAGACUCUGCUCUGGCUCAGGCCCAGAAAUGUUUUGCACUGUAUCGUCAGGCCUACACUGGAAGCAAUCCUUUGCAGAUCCAAGUGGCUGUAAAAGGAUUUGAAGAUGUUAUUAAAAAUUUUCCCAAAUGUGCGGAGGGUUAUGCAUUGUACGCUCAGGCUUUAACUGACCAGCAACAUUUUAGCAAAGCAGAUGAAAUGUACGAUAAAUGCAUUGAACUGGAACCAGACAAUGCAACAACAUACGUUCACAAAGGUCUACUUCAGCUUCAGUGGAAACAGGAUUUGGACAAAGGCUUGGAACUAAUCAGCAAAGCCAUUGAGAUUGACAAUAAAUGUGAUUUUGCAUAUGAGACCAUGGGUACUAUCGAAGUCCAGAGAGGAAAUCUGGCUAAGGCCAUCGAUAUGUUUAGCAAGGCCAUUAACCUGGCCAAGUCAGAAAUGGAAAUGGCCCAUCUGUAUUCGCUUUGUGAUGCUGCAUAUGCACAGACAGAAGUUGCUAAGAAGUAUGGAUUGAAACCCCCAACACUGUGAUUUGAAAAAUAUAAAGCUAUUACCGUUACUCUUCAGUUACGCCUCUGAUAAUGUUUUAUAAACAGUUGAAUACCACAGAAAUCUUUGUGAUAUUCAUUUAUGUUCUCUGUAGAGGUAUGUAAUAAGUUGAUGAAUAUGUGCAGAAAAUUCACAUAAAUUGGCCUAAAAAGUGGAAUUAAGUUUUGUGGUACUGAACAAGUUCUUUUUACACACUAAUGCAAAUCAGGCCACACAAACAAUAUCUUAUGGUUAGCCUCAUAUAGGAUGAUAUGCUAUUUAAAAAUAAGUCUUGUACAGUACAAGUUUGGCACUCCCUUAAAGUUAAAACUUGUUAUAGUUAACUGUACAACAAAUUAAAUAAAAUUGUGUUCAUAUUUUCAGUUGUAUGAUUCAGUUGAGAAUGUUUUACAGUAAGUUUUAUUGCAAUUGUCCUUGCAUUUUUAAAUCUUAGAUGUUCAAUAUAUGUUUCACAUUAUGUCAAUAUUUAAAAUGAUCUGAAGGUCCAAGUCAAAAAUGUAUGCAUUAUAUGGUAUAUUGUUUCACUUGGUAGAGAUAAUGCUCUCUACAUUUUCACAAAACCAAUUCAGCUUAACUGUGCUGAAAGUAUUGUUUGCAAAGUAUCCAUUUAAGCAUGUCUGGUGGGAUAUGGAUGUACAGUAGAGCUCUAAUCAAAUUGCUGUAUCCAAUAAGAAAUUGUAUAAGCAGCACUAAGUUCAGGUGUCUUUAAAAAAAAGCAGAUGGAAUGCUGACAAUUGGAGGAAUCUUAUGGGCUUUGUAGUAUAUUUUGCUGUUUACAUAUUGGGGGGAAAAAAAGGUGCUUGGAAAGACAGCACUGCAGAGGCUGCCAGCGUGACUUAGAGACACAAGCUUCUCCGUUCCCAUUUUAACACAUUCAUGUGCGGAUCCAAGGCACAGUGAAUUUUAUUUUGAUCUUGUGAAUAGUUCUGUUUGUCUGGCCUGAAUACAUUUGACAUAUUAAUGGAAAAGGCCUUUGAUGGAAGCAUGUGCUCUUCAGUAAAAACAUUGUGAUACCAAGAACUAAUGGAUGUUAAAUGCGAUGUUGGAAAAUGCACUGGAAAAGUUAUGAGCUAGUUUUUUUGUAACUGACUAAUAGUGUAAACAUACCCAAUAAAUACUGCAUUCAGAACGAAAA